AUUUAUUAGUGUUUGAUGAGACUUCGAUGAAGAAGUUGUCAAAAGAAAUCGAGCUACGUUCCUUAUUCUGCUGGAUAUGCUAGUAAAUGUUGUGAGCCUGAUCUUGUUUUCAGGAAUAUAUAGUUUACCGUCGGGUGAAUUGAGGGGAGUAGCCGAAAGUAACAGAUUCGAUGAUUUUGACAACUAUUUGCCGAAAUAUGACGAUUUCCCCAAUUUCGAUUUUUCAUCAAAUGAUUUAGAAGAUGAAAUAAUAUCAUUGAAUGAUUCCAACAAGGAAAAUGACAAUGUCAAAAACACCACUAUAUUUCCGAGCAUUAUGAAAAAUGCCACGACUGAUUCACCACCUGCGAAUAUAACAGACUCCGCCAAAUUCAACAAUGGAACAAGUAUCGAAGAUGUGGAACUUGUGUUCAACUUCACAACUAUCACAAAUUCCUCCAACAGAUUACCAAGGCAAGAACUGAAUGAAACUGAGGAUGAUCCGGAAUUCACAAGUGAAGAAAAACAGUCGCAAGAAUCUAGUGAAGAAGAGGAUGGCAAUAUGAUAACAGGGCUCAUAUCUGCAUUUCUUGGAGGUCUGAGCAAGCCAGAUGGUGGGAUAGACUUGGACGCUAUUGUAGGAUUACUUGGCAGCCUAAGUACGCAAAAUCCAGAUGGCACUUAUGACUUCCAAGGGCUUACUGAACUAUUGAGGGGGCUAAUCGGGGGUGGUGGAGAUGAAGGUGGUGGAUCUGAUAUCGGAGCUUUUGUAGGAGGACUUCUUGGGGCUGUUAUAAAAGGAGUAGCAAAUCCACCAGGACCAAAGGGAGCCGGCAUUUUAACUGGGAAGAUCUUCACAGGACUACUUCCCGCACUGAGUGGACCGGUCGAUACUGAUACGAUGAAUAGUACAAAACAAGAUGGACUGGAAUCUGGAAGCUUCCUCUCAGGUUUGCUCAAACCUAUUUUAGCUAGUUCUGGAGGACAAGACGGAGGCAUCAAAGGCAGCAUAAUUGGAUUGAUCUCGAAUUUGGUGAAAUUCUUGAUAAGAUCAGUUACGAAACUCAUUUCAGCAUCAUCUUCGAAAGGUCAUUGAUAAGAUGAAUAGAAUCAUGUAUCUAUACUAUAUUUAUGUGAUUUUUCUGAAAAGUACCUAGCUGAUGCUCAC